AUGUACAACGAUAACCAGCCGGGCAUUCUGACCGAUGCGGGCGUUAUAGACAUUGGUGACCUCUGCCCCGACGGAGGCCAGGCCGCAAUUGUUCAUCUAAUCGCCAACUACGACGACCUGAAGUCCCAGCUUGAGUCCCGCGCCGCCGAGGGAACGCCGGUGGCAGACGCGCAACUUCAGGCGCCGUUGCCGCGCCCCAACAAGAUCCUCUGCAUGGGCGGCAACUACCGCGAGUUUGGCGCCCGGGAGCCUUCUCCCAUGUGGGGCUUCACCAAGAGGCACCACAGCAUUAUGGGCCCGGGCGGCAACGUGGUCCUCCCUGACGUAGACGCGAACAUAUUUCACCACGAGGCGGAGCUGGUGUUGGUCUUCGGCAGGGGCGGCAAGGACAUCCCGGCGUCGGAGGCCAUGGACUACGUCUUUGGCUACACGGCGGGAGUGGACGUCUCGGCGCGUAUGCCGGCGGGCGGCGGCGGCCGCGGCCGCGCCCAACACGCUGCCCAUCUCGGAGCACAAAUCGCACCCCACCUUCUGUCCCCUUGCGUCGACGGCGAGCUGCGCGUUAACUACAACACCGACGACCUCGCCCACUCCAUAGCAGAGUCCAUUGAAUACGUGGCGGCUAUCGAGGAGAUCAGCCCCGGCGACGUGCUCUUCAUGGGCACCAACCACCAGGGCCUCGGUGCGAUGCAGGACGGCGACACCAUCGCGGUGGGCGUCGAGGGUGUGGGCAGCUUCAACCUCACGGUAAGCGACCCGCUCAAACGCCGUUGGCCCAAGGGAGUCGACGAGACGACAGCCAGGGACAUUCGCGAGAGCGCCGGCGGCCCCGGCCGCCAGGCCCGACCCUUGCCGGCCGAAUAG